ACUUUCGACCAAUGGCGAGGGCAGGUACGCGUAAUGCACUGUACCUCUCUGUGCCCCUAUGCUAGACGUUUUAAUGACAACAGCGUGCGAUCACUGGCACACAAACUAGUUACACAGUCACUGUUGGUGGAAGUUGUGUGUGGGUGUCUUGUAUUCUCGUCUUGGUGAAUAGGAAACUGAGAUUUUGGUAGCAUUAUGGCAGCGGCGGCGUACCUGGUGGUCUUUUACUGUGCAACUUCGGGACAAAACGACGAAAAUCUUGGAGCCGACGAAGAAGAGAUCGUUCUACUGGUGUGGUUAGUGAUAGACAUAGCUAACAACAAGGUGGUGGCAGUUCAGCAUUCAUACGUCAAACCACAGACUGCUGACAUUAACGAUGUAAUUUUGACCGAGGACUGCAGACAACAGACAGGCCUGCAAGAGAAUGCUAUAAAGAGCGCACAGCCUCUCGAACAAGUUCUAGAACAGUUCGACCAGUUUGCCCGGACGAAGCUGCAUGGAGAUGCCGGCGGUUCGUUCCACUUCGUCACAGACGGUCAGCUGCAUUUCAGGCAAUGUCUGCAUCCAGAGGCUGGCAACAAGAAUGUCGAACUCCCUCCCUAUUUCUACAGCUUCUUCGACCUGAGAAAAGAAUUUAAGAAAUUCUACCACCAGGUGGAAGAUGUCUCCUGCGUUAAGGACAUGUUAGAUUAUAUAGGUUUGGAAGUUGAUGAAUCGGCAGAAUUCGGUAUCAGACAUGGCCAAGAGAUGGGAAAAAUCAUACAGCGAAUGCUCCACGACGGGCACAGAUUCGAAAAUCCGGAGCCGGUAAACGCACGGCUAGAAGCAGGAUUAUGCUCAAAGGACGAGGAAAUUGACACAAACUGUGUGAUCAGAGCCAGAGGCCUUCCAUGGCAGUCCUCCGAUCAAGAUAUCGCCAAGUUCUUCCGUGGCCUAAAUAUAAUGAAAGGUGGCGUCGCGUUGUGCCUAAGCGCCCAGGGACGACGAAACGGCGAGGCACUCGUGAGAUUCAUCGAUCAGGAGCACAGAGAUCUGGCGUUGAAGAGACACAAACACCACAUCGGUCAGCGUUACAUCGAGGUGUACAAGGCGACCGGCGAGGACUUUAUCAGCGUCGCGGCCGGAAACAACAACGAAGCAACCGCGUUCCUUUCCCGAGGGGCUCAGGUUAUUGUGCGAAUGCGAGGUCUUCCAUAUGACACUUCCGCAAAAGAUAUUAUUACGUUUUUCGUGUCUGGUGAGAAUCCGUGUAACGUGAUGGACGGCGAGGAGGGCAUUCUGUUCGUGCACAAGCCCGACGGCCGCGCGACGGGCGACGCGUUCGUGCUGUUCGCGAACGAAGAGGACGUCGGCAGGGCGCUGAAGAAACACCGAGAAAUCAUCGGCUCCCGAUACAUCGAGCUGUUCCGUAGUACGACGGCUGAGGUUCAGCAGGUUCUGAACCGAACGAUGGACCCAAAGACAUAUGAACAACAGGCUCCUCUGAUCACCAACGUCCCACAGGUGCCAUUAAUGCCGCAGCACAUCAUUACAAGUGGAUCUCGCAAGGACUGCAUCCGUCUCAGAGGGCUUCCCUUCGAGGCUCGAGUCGAGAAUAUUCUAGAGUUUCUCGGGGAGCACGCGAAGAGUAUUGUGUAUCAGGGUGUACACAUGGUCUUCAAUGCACAGGGUCAGCCAUCUGGCGAAGCGUUCAUCCAGAUGAGCUCCGAGCAUGCGGCGUUCAUGGGCGCUGCCGAGCGCCACCACAAGAACAUGUACAUCGGCAAGAAGCAGCGCUACAUUGAGGUGUUCCAGUGCUCCGGAGACGACAUGAACGUGGUUCUACAGGGUGGGCCCGUACUCGUUAAUCGCGCUGGUCUAAUGUCUCCUGGAAACACACUGAUGCCUCAGCCAUACACAUAUCCCUAUGCUGCUAUCCCACAAUCGCCAGGAAUUAUCCCCAUGCAUUCGCCAUUAAGCCCCCUCAGUCCGGCAGGUCGAGCUCCCGCGUACAUUUCCCCAGUCUACUAUUGGCCAUAUCCCAGUCCUUAUCCGAGUCCACCCGUCUCGCCUACCAGCUAUUACCAGCACAACGGUCCGACCGUGAUCGUGAUGAGGGGCCUGCCGUUUAACGCCUCGACGGCAGACAUUCUAAAUUUCUUCCAAGGGUUCCCCGAGGUACAGCCGGACAGCGUGCAACUGCAUCGCAACGCUGACGGUAGACCGAGCGGGGACGCCUACGUGACCUUCCUGUCGAGAACCGAGGCCGAGCGCUCUAUCCAGGAGAAAAACCGCCAGAACAUCGGUAACCGGUACAUCGAGCUCUUCAUGGCGUAGAUCGCCACGCCACGUACGGGACCGCCUGCAAGGAGCAAGGGUUUAACUAGAGUCUAACAAGAUUUAACGUCUAACUAGAUCUAACUAGAUUUAACGUCACGUGAGGCGACGUGAAGUUAGUGCUCGUACGGCUUGUUUUGGGUGCGCGAGGCAUCGAAAGAUGCGCUAGGUGCCACGUGUAGACGUGCUCAUCGCGCAGGCGUGUUAAUCGUGUUUACAGUAUACGAUUUCUCGCUAUAAUAACGGAAUGUAUUCCAACGCCAGGCAUGAGCAGAUGUCGCGGUGAGACGUUGAAUAUUCAGGCUCGACGAAAUUGCGUGUCGUUGUCACGCGUGUGCACAGCUGCGCAUACAGGCCGUGAAUCAUGGUAUAAUAUUUGGCUAAAUAUAUAAUACAUAUAUUUACAUGAAUAUAUAUAUAUAUAUUAGUAGCUGGUAGGUCUAAGGUAUCUUAAGGUACACUUUUAGGUGUUCGGUUUUGACAUAGUUAGGCACGGUAAUGCUAUAGUUACGUGUUUUGUUGCUUUGUUUUUUUCUCUCGCUUCAGCUAUUUCUCUUUCGCCCUAUGCAAUUUUACUUGUCUGUUUCUCGAGCUUUCCUUUUCUCACGGUAAUCGGUAGACAUGUGGUGUCAAGUGUUACACGGGUGGUGACAGUAGGUGGCGUUUUUGUAGCGGUACAGUUGGCAAGGUUGCGGUUGGCAGUAUUUCUAUCACACUGGGUUGGGGUUCAGGUUUUAAGCAGGUCGAGUACAUUAGGUACGCUCGUCAUAUGACGAUGUAAGAUCUACACGAAGUGCAAAAUGUCGUGUGCUCAGCCGGCAGCGCUCCAAAGUGCGGAGAAGUAAGAUAUGUGGCGCCCCCUCGCGCCCUAACCACGUCUCACGGAAUGUCUGCCGGUCAACAGCAAUAUUGAACCUAGUCCGAAAAUAAACCGUCGAUAUGUCAUCAAUGCUUUCAUCACAGCUAAAAGUGAUACUUAAAACACAAUUCCGUUUCCGUUCCUGCCACUUUAAUCAUACAAAUUCAUUUAAAAUUUUUUGUCCUUCACACGAGUCGGUUUAAUAACUUGAUCUCUUCUAUACAUUUUCAUGAAUAUACAUAUCUCAAUUGGUGCAAGGACCUACGAAAUUUGGAUAAAGGUUCGUUAGAAAUUCGUGGCUUGUGCAACGGAAGUAAUUCAGUGUAAUGUUCUAGUCUUAACUGGCAAAACGUUGGCCUCCGUCAAGUUAAAAUCUAAAAUCUAUACAUUGUGAUGUUUUCUGAACACCGUCGCUAUCGUCAAACCAUCAUAUUAUAGUAAAUAUCCUGCAGCAUGCAUGAAUGCUUCAAAUGUUCUCGGCUCUAUCGGGUUCCAGAUGCUGCGCCUACAAUUCACAAUAGUCGACCGUUUUCAACAGCUUGGCAAUGUAAUAGUUGCAACUGCCAUGCCCGAGAUGAGAGGCGGUACGUGUGGACUUACUAUCCCGCGCGCGUCCGCAUCCUAGAGUGUAUAGUUGUGUAAGAUUCUAAUCGAUUGCAUAAUAUCAUGUUAUUCGCUUCAUCACAUUUCUAUUAGAUUUUAAAUGACAGUCACAUAGCUCGAUUCGAGCUCUUCACUUUCUUCUCCCACACAUCGGAUCUACGUAAAGCAUGUACAGAAACGUCCUCUUACGAAAUGUAACGGGAAUGGCACAUGUGCGAAGCGUAAGUGAAAUCGCUCUAUAGCGCAACAUCUCUAUAGGUGGCUGUGUUUCUCCUUGACAUACAAAUUUUCUGUUCGUGCAUGGUAUACGCUACCACAUAAUUAUACGGGGUCUGCGUACAUCAAUUACCCACGUGUACUUGUGCCUCUACUGUUUCUGUAAUUUUGAUCACAAUUGAUCCAUAACGAAUCAACAGGAGUUUCGGCGACUGAUUGAAUUCAGUAUAAGCAUGUGGAAACGUAGUGCGCAUCCGACUAAACCAGAAACGGUUUAUAUCGAGUAACGACGUCGCUGCUUACAGAACAGUUUGAGUAACGAUAUUGCACCCUAUUCUAGGCGAUUCGCGCUGGUUAGAAGUAAUUCGAAUCCAGCUAUUACCAUGUGUGUUUCACAUCGCUAAUGUCGUGCGCUGCUAUGCACACCUUUAGUAAGUACCGACACACAGCGUUGUCACCGUGCCUCGCAUGUUAGAAACUCAGCGUUCAGCACGACGUGAUCACGCCGUCGUCAGUUGGUAGAGCCAGCGAACGUUAACGGAAUAGGGUGCAUACCAUAUUCGACAUCUGUUUAAUUUACGCAAAGUUCUGUUUUUCUCAUCACAUGUCCGUUAUGUAUAUGUAGUUAGCAUGUUUAUUGUAUAACACCGUAUUUUACCUAAAUUUAUUUUAACCCCUUAUAUUGACAGACUUUUGUCUUUUAAUGUGUUUGUCCGUUUAUUCGUUGUAUAUAUAUUAUAUUAGAAUUGAAUGUGUAAUUUUAUUGCGAGUGUAGUAGGAUCACGAGUGUUGCACGUGUGUGUGUGCAUGUUUGGGUCGUUGUAGAUGUGUAUGCCACGUUUGUGUUAGACAGUGUACACGGAUUAUUGCCCUGUUACUACACACGAAGUAUAUUAUUAAGUUUUUAAGGAAUUUUAGUUGAACAGCUUAUGCGAGAAUAAUGCGAAAAAACAGCGCAACAAAUCAAGCUGUCUUCCACAAUAUAUAUUUAUAUAUAUUAUAAAUAUACAUUAUACGUAAAAUGUGACGUCACGUACGAUUGUGUACGGGUAACCGCGUCCAGUGCGACUAUACAGGGUGACGAUGCGUACGCCUUGCGUACCAGCGUCAAAUGUAGUGGAUAUAAAAGUUGUCAUCUUUAGCCUCACGUGCCUUACCUAUACGUGACACAGUUGAGUUGCGAAGGGUUGCUGUGUAGGCGCGUCCGUACUGCAUGUAGAUCUAUUGAUAUCAGUUGUAGAAUUGUGCGCCCCUGUUACAUUCCGUCUCAAUAAGUUCUAACAAGUGCCUUUGAUCGUUGUUGUGUUCAUAAGUCAUAGGGUACUUCAUCUGUUAGAACGUCGCGUACAUGCCUUAAUUGUCAAGAUUUUCGCUCAACGCCCUUAGUGCUUAUCAGAUGCUUGCACGUAUAGCUCUACCUCUGUGACCUUUCGCUUCGCCACACAUGCGAGAGAGAAGCGCUAUGCGGGUAGAGCUAGUCUGCAUGAGGCAUCUGUCUUCCUAGCGAUGGCUUCUUAUUAGUAUUGUAAGAUUAAUUGAUAUUGUGAUGACGUAACGUGUGAACAGACCGUUCGAUGUAGUAUCGCAGUCAAUGUAACGAGCGGUGCGCGCCCCGUAAGCGCUUCCGGCGCAGCUUGUGUUUAGCUAUAUCAGUCUUAGAUCAUCUCCUUAAGUCACGUGCAAUAAUGUGUUGUUUUCUUUGGCCAUUGAUUGCGCAAUAGUCAGUACUUUCGAGAUUUUGUAGCAGUCACGGUCGUGUGCCGUGUCCGCCGCCGCGAGGAAGGCUAUCAUAGCCGGGAAAUGUCAUCCGAUGGAGAGUGUGAUCGAGUGACGAGACAGAGAGAUCAUGUAUACUACAAUACUCGGUCGCGCUGUUUCUGCUGCGGAACAUUUUCUAGUUACUAAUGUCAUCUUGUUCGUAAACGUGACGAUUCAUUAUAAUGCAACUGAAUUGCAAAACAGGCGCACAUACACAGGGUAUACGUUUUUUAGAAUGUUUAUUUAGUAUUGAAUUUGAAUUGCUCUAUAUCUGUUUAGAUUUGGCCAUGUAUUGCAGAAAUACUGCAUCCAGGCCGGCACAAGUGCCUUGGUAUUCACUUUAAAGUGCCUUGUGAUUUUUGAAUGAAUUUAUGACGAAACGAGCACAUAUAUGAUAUAUAGUGUAUAUGUGUUACCGAUGCAUCGUUCAGCCAUAUAUAAUAAUGUGAUUAAUGCUGAUAGAUUAUAUUAUGAUUACAUACUUUACUACAAUAGCAUGAGUCGAGAUCGUACUCUAAACAAAUAAUGCCUGCUCCGCGCUGGCAAGUUGACAAUAUAACAUAAAGUAGCAAUCAAAUAGAAUGUAUAACACCACUGCUUUUACUCAAUAAAGUUACUGUAAAUAAAA